AUGAAUACCGUCAUCAAAUUCAAUUCAUUUAUUUCAAUUCUCUUAUUAUUCUCUUUAUUCUCUUUAUUCGCAUUGUUCAAUGAAGUAACAGCUCUAGCUAUUCACAAACCGCGAUAUAAUCCAUUAAAUCCUGAUUGUGUUUCAUAUCAAUUCAUUUCUCCUAAAGCUGAUGAUAAAAUUAAAGUGACUGACGAGAUUGAAGUAGUUUGGAAAAGAGACAGCUCGAAAAUAAUUGAAGUACAAGGCCUUGACUUAUAUGAUGAAAAUGGAAAGUUUAUUGAUUCAUUAACGAGUCAUAGAAGUAUUUUCGGUGCUGACGAUAAAGCUUCGAUAAAAGUAAAACUUAUAGUUCUUUUAGACAAGUCACUAACUGGUAAAUUUAUGUUUAAAACUGUGUCCUCGACUGGAGAAGGCCCGACUUGUCCUGAAUUUAGUAAAAAAUUUUAUUUAGUAGAUAAUACUGAAUAG